CGUCGCCAACAUAAUCCAGAUCGUUGACUUCGGCUCCCGCGUCCUAAAACGUCUUGAAGAGUAUCAGUCCGAGCUGAGAGAAACCCCAGAAGCGUUCCGCCACAUCAAAGCUGAACUUCCCGCACUGUUGGAUGCCCUCCAGCAGACGAAAGCAGCGAUCGAUGGCGGAUACAUGCGAGAUGAGACGAAGAAGGCGCUCCUUCCUGCCGUGGAAGGGUGUGGAAUACAGAUUAAGUCGCUAGACGAUGUGAUUAGGAAAACACUACCUGCGCCUGGUGACUCUUUGGCCAGAAGAAGCAUGAAGGCAUUUGGUAGCCUUCGGUAUGAUGGAAAGGUGGAGAAGAUAAUAGUGGUGGUCCGUGGGUAUAUCCAGACGCUGACCUACCAUGCCGCUGCCUUAUCCUCACUAAGGCCAUUAGCAGGUAUAAUGCUCCCGCGAUGUAGCUAUCUACAUUUUAACAGUGUUCUUAUAGCCCAAACCAUUUCCCGUCCCUCACUGUUAGCCGAGUUACCCGUCGCCAAAGGAGCGUCCUUCGACUCUCACAUGGAGGAGCACAAUACAAAAUGUCUUCCAAAUACUCGAACUAAGUUGCAGCAUCAUAUAAUGGAAUGGGCGAAGGAUAGAAACGGCAAACCUAUAUUCUGGCUGAACGGUAUGGCUGGCACCGGAAAGUCUACAAUUGCACGGACUGUUGCCCAGUUGUUUGCCGACCAACAUCAAUUAGGAGCCAGCUUCUUCUUUAAGAGAGGCGAGGGAGAGCGCGGUAAUGCUACAAGGUUCUUCACCACCAUUGCUACAGAUUUAAUGGGUCAUGUGCCGGGAUUGAUAUCAGGCAUAAGGAAAGCAAUUGAUACCGAACCAGCUAUUUCCGAAAAAGCUCUAAAAGACCAGUUCGAGAAGUUAAUUCUCCAGCCACUCUCGGAGACAGCACCCGUUAAAGCCCUAGAAUUAACUAUCGUUAUAGACGCGUUGGACGAGUGCGAGCGAGACGAAGAUAUACGAGCAAUCCUCCAACUUCUUUCACAGACCAAGGGCCUUAAACCAGUGUCGUUACGGGUUUUUGUAACGAGCAGACCAGAGCUCCCAAUUCGUCUUGGGUUCAAACAAAUGUCAAACGGAACGCACCAAGAUCUAAUCCUUCACGAGGUACCAAAGCAGACAAUUAAACAUGACAUAACCGUCUUCUUAGAUCAUGAGCUCGGGGAGAUAAGAACGCAGCGAUCGCUGUCCCUAGACUGGCCUGCCAAGGAUCAAAUCCAGAGCCUAGUUGAGAUGGCUAUUCCGCUAUUCAUCUUCGCUGCUACAGUCUGUCGAUAUAUCGGAGGUAAAGGAGGGUAUCCAAAAGAGCGCUUGGAUAUCGUACUUCAGUACCAAACAACGAAAGCCUCAAAGCUUGAUAAGACUUAUCUCCCUAUCCUGAACCAGCUGCUUGAUGAUGAAGAUGAGGAUAAAGAAAGAUGGAUAAGUAGGUUUAGAGAAAUUGUUGGGAGUAUUAUUAUUCUAGAAAGUCCUCUAUCUAUUACCUCACUUGCACACCUCCUUAGUAUCCCCAAAGAUGAUGUUAGCUGCCGGCUAGACUCACUGCACUCUGUUUUCAGUAUCUCAAACGAGGAUACACCAGUAAGACUUCUGCAUCUGUCCUUUCGAGACUUUCUCCUCGACCCUCAAAAGCAGGAAAAGAGCCCAUUCUGGGUGGAUGAGAUAGGAACACACAAGAGGUUAGCCAGCAAGUGUCUUCAAAUACUAUCCACUCCAAAAGGUCUUAGGCAAAAUAUUUGCAACCUCCUAAUGCCCGGAGCUUUAAAAAGCGAGAUCGAUGAACGGACAAUAGCCAAAUAUUUGCCACCCGAAGUCCGAUAUGCUUGUCGCUAUUGGGCGUACCAUUUGGAGCAAAGUAAGCAGUGCAUCUACGAUGGUGACUCAGUUCACCUUUUUCUCCAACAGUAUUUUCUUUACUGGUUAGAAGCUAUGAGUCUUAUGGGAGAAGUAUAUAAAGGCAUCUAUACAAUCGAUAGCCUACAGGCGCUUACAGAUUCAGACAAGAGUGCUAGCUCAAGCUUUCUUCGCGAUGCGAAGCGAUUUGCGCUACGGUUCCGACCCAUACUUGAAGAUACCCCUCUACAGGUCUACUCUUCAGCCCUUAUUUUUGCUCCAGAGAUAAGCAUAAUACGAAAGACAUUUACUGACCACAUUCCAAAGUGGGUUAGCAGGCUAUCAAAGGUGGAAGACGAUUGGAACGCUUGCCGCAGCACGCUUGAAGGCCAUUCUGACCCGGUCUCUGCGGUAACCUUCUCGCCAGACGGCCAGCUAGUAGCAUCGGCAUCACGCGACAACACUGUGCGGCUGUGGGAGACAGCGACGGGGUCUUGCCGCAGCACGCUUCAAGGCCAUUCUGACUCGGUCUCUGUGGUAGCCUUCUCGCCAGACAGCCAGCUGGUAGCAUCGGCAUCACUCGACAAAACUGUGCGGCUGUGGGAGACAGCGACGGGGUCGUGCCGCAGCACGCUUGAAGGCCAUUCUGACUCGGUCUCUGCGGUAGCCUUCUCGCCGGAUGGCCAGCUAGUAGCGUCGGCGUCACUCGACAACACUGUGCGGCUGUGGGAGACAGCGACGGGUUCUUGCCGCAGCACGCUUCAAGGCCAUUCUGACUCGGUCUCUGCAGUCGUCUUCUCACCAGACGGCCAACUAGUAGCAUCGGCAUCACUCGACAAAACUGUGCGGCUGUGGGAGACAGCGACGGAGUAUUGCCAAAGCACGCUUGAAGGCCAUUCUGGCUCGGUCUCUGCAGUCGCCUUCUCGCCAGACGGCCAACUAGUAGCAUCGGCAUCACUCGACAAAACUGUGCGGCUGUGGGAGACAGCGACGGGGUAUUGCCACAGCACGCUUGAAGGCCAUUCUGACUCGGUCUCUGCGGUAGCCUUCUCGCCGGACGGCCAGCUAGUAGCAUCGGCAUCACGCGACAACACUGUGCGGCUGUGGGAGACAGCGACGGGGUCGUGCCGCAGCACGCUUGAAGGCCAUUCUGGCUCGGUCUAUGCAGUAGCCUUCUCGCCAGACGGCCAGCUAGUAGCAUCGGCAUCACUCGACAACACUGUGCGACUGUGGGAGACAGCGACGGGGUCGUGCCGCAGCACGCUUCACGGCCAUUCUGGCUCGGUCUCUGCAGUAGCCUUCUCGCCAGACAGCCAGCUAGUAGCAUCGGCAUCAUUCGACAACACUGUGCGGCUGUGGGAGACAGCGAGUGGUGGUGCCGCAGCACGCUUGAAGGCCAUUCUGGCCCGGUCUAUGCAGUAGCCUUCUCGCCAGACAGCCAGCUAGUAGCAUCGGCAUCACUCGACAACACUGUGCGGCUGUGGGAGACAGCGACGGGUUCUUGUCGCAGCACACUUCAAGGCCAUUCUGACUCUGUCUCUGCGGUAGCCUUCUCACCAGACGGCCAG